AUGUCAUUCAUCAACUUCAACGCCGACGACGGUAGCGAUCACCCCUCUCACUCCGGCAGCAACGACAACGACACCGACAACGGUCUGUCCAGCUCCGCCGCGGCACUUGAUCGUGCUGCUCUGGUCAAGGUCGACCUCACUCGCGGCAUCGAGCACUUUCUGGGUAGUCUCAACAACGACGAGAGACCUCGUUUCGUUCCCCGCGACUACCUCGUCACCGCUAGCGAGAUCGCCGGCGAGCCCGCCUUCCAAUCCAUCGUCGACCCCCUCGGUCGUAUCUUUCUCUCCGUCCUCGAGGACAACCGUGUCGCCCGCCGUAUCGCCGACGACCGUCAAGCCGACUUCGAUACUCUCAAUCUCGAACACAUCGCACUCAAGCAGGAACUCGAGGACCCUAGAGCAACCAUGUCCGCGGCCCCUACCGGUAUCGUAGCUGGCGCCCCUCUGCCCAGACGUAUUAUCGAGGACCCUCCCGCGUUUGAUGGCAAGGAGAAGGAUCCCGCUCGCCGCUGCGAGACUUUCCGUGCUUGGAAGUUCCGUAUUGUCACUGCCUGGCGCGUCGACGCCCCCCAUUAUCAGGCCGAGGAUGUUAAGAUCCUUCGUGCCGCCAUACUGCUGGGCCCGGAACUUCUCUCUAGCGUCCAGGCGGACCUCGACGCUAUGAUGAUAGAACCCGACAAGGACAAAUGGCGCUGGAAGACCGGCGUCGACUUUAUGAAGCACCUUAGCGAUCGCUUCGACAACGUCGACCUAAAGCUCGACGCCUCUCGUCGCCUGGCGGAUCUAUAUCAGAAGAACAUGCCGUUCUCUGAAUUCGAGGUCGAGCUGACCAAGCUCAUGGACCGAUGCAACCUCGACCCCGCCAUGAAGGUUCACCACCUUCGUAAUAAGAUCAACAAGCGUCUUCGCGACGCCCUGUGGCUUGACCUUUGCCGUCUCGUGGCCCGCAACCUCGAUGACGCCGACCAUCGCAACAAGUUGGCCAAUCACUUCUACAAAGCAGACACCAACAGCAACACCGGUGGUGGCGGCGGCAACAGUAGCAACCCCGACGAACGCCCUGUCAGCCAAGGUGGCAACCAGAUGGACCUUGACGCUGUCGGCCUUGCCGGCAUCAUUCACCAGGAGGUCCUCGACCAGCGUCAGCGUGACGGCCAGUGCCGCCGUUGCGGUCAGCCCGGCCACAUCGCUCGUGGCUGUAUCAACUCAGUCAACUAUGGUUCUAAGGGCCGCCAGGACGGAAAGGAGUCCAGAAAGAAGAACCGUGGUGGUCGCGGAGGUGGUCGUGGUGGUCGCGGAGGUAAUCGCGGAGGCAGCAACACCAGUGGCCAGCAGGCCGAGGUCCGCGCCGCCGACGCCGCUCCUGCUGCUGCAGCCGCCGCUGGCGACGAGUACUACAACGAGCCGGGAAACGCUUAG